AAUUUGACUUGGGCCUUGAUUGGAGAUCGUAAUUGCGUAAUUGGGUAAGCAAGAUGUCGGGCGAAGAUAAGGCAGUGACAAACUUCAGGGAAUAUUUGCGUAUCAAAACAGUCCAGCCGAAUCCGGACUAUGGUUAGUGAGGAGUGAUACUUUCUUGGCCGCGUUUAAUUUUAUGCACAACACCUUUUGAUACGUCCUAGUUGCGAUGGAGCAUUGGCCUUUCUGACGAAGAUGGCUGAAGAGCUGGACCUCUCUUACCAGAUUAUUCAGCCGAGUUCAGGUCGACGUGUAUUUGUACUCAGCUGGCCAGGAGAGUGCCCGUCCCUGCCCAGUCUCCUACUCAACUCUCACACAGAUGUCGUGCCUGUCUUUAUGGAACACUGGAAAGUAGAUCCCUUCAGUGCAGAUAAGAUGGAUAAUGGAGAUAUCUAUGCCCGUGGAUCGCAGGAUAUGAAGUGUGUAGGAAUACAGUAUAUUGAGGCUAUCCGGAGAUUGAAGAAUUCUGGAAAGAGAUUGCUGAGAACCAUUCACUUGUCUUUUGUACCAGAUGAGGAGAUUGGAGGUUACACAGGUAUGCCUGUCUUCGUCAAGGAUGAACGUUUUAAACAGCUCAAUGUCGGAUUUGUUUUAGAUGAAGGCCUGGCAAGUCCCACUGACAGCUACACUGUAUUUUAUGGAGAGCGAUCAUCUUUGUGGUUGCGGGUGAAGUGUCCGGGAAAACCAGGCCAUGGUUCAAGAUUUAUCCAGGACACAGCUGCAGAGAAAAUGCAUAAAGUCAUUACUAGAUUGCUUGAACUGCGAGCGAAAGAAGAGAACAAAUUUAUGGAUUGUGAUAGCUGUCUGAAAUUAGGAGAUGUUACCACCGUGAACUUAACCAAGUUAGAGGGUGGUGUGCAAGUCAAUAUGGUACCCAAUGAGUUUGUUGCCUACUUUGACAUCCGUUUAAACCCCAGAGAAGAUUUAGUGGCUUUUGAGGAGCAGCUGAAGAGUUGGUUUGCAGAAGCUGGUAAAGAUGUGACCUACGAAAUCCUUGAGAAAGGAUAUUGUCAUCAACUAACUUCUACAGACAAAUCUGACCCCUGGUGGAAUGCAUUUAGCUCAACACUAGAAAACAUGAACCAGGCUUAUGAGACAGAGAUAUUUCCUGCAGGCACAGACAGCAGAUUUCUUAGGGAGAUUGGCCUUCCAGCUAUUGGCUUCUCUCCAAUGAACAAUACGCCCAUUCUUCUGCACGAUCAUAAUGAGUUUCUUAAUGAGAAGGUUUUCCUGAAGGGAAUUAAGGUGUAUGAACAGCUGAUUACUUCCCUUGGCAACGUGCCAAAGUUCUGAUCACUGAGACCAUUUCUGUGGGUUCGCGGCCUUUUCCAUAGAAGGAUGAAGGGACAGUGUGUUGUUCUGAUUGAUCAAGACCACUUUGCCAUCAUGGAUAAGAAGAUCAUAUCUUUAAGACCGUUGCACACCUAGACAGUUUUCUCGCAAGUAAUUUUCGUACAUGUAUUCUGGUCAGACACAAGCUUGGUUGAACACUUCUGUGACAAAUUCACUUCAAAUUUUUAACAAGUGACUUAAUUCUCCAUGAUCAAGCAAUAAUCAUCAUUUCAUGUGACUGAUUUUACAUUCUAACGAUUUUUCUUUGGUUUGGUAAUGUUUCUGACAGGACUAUUUUGUCGUGAGUAACAGGCAGCCCAUUGUGAUCAGUCCAUAUUUUUGAUUUCGUCACAUCACUGUCAAAAGCGUUUGAGACGAUUUUGGUGCUCACAGAACUAGAUGACUCCUCACCAUUAGGGUUGAAUUUCUUUUUCAGCGCCAAAAUCAUCCAUGCGUGUGUCAGCCUUUUUCAGCUGAAUUCAGAUUUUACAAUUUAAGUGUAUUUGCUUUCUAUUUUAAUAGCUUUUUUUGAUAUUCUUCUCCUUGGUCUGAGGUAACACUUUCAUAAAUUUGUUGACAAAACCCAAAGUGAUUUUUGCAUGUACACAAAUGUGUAAACCUUUUGCUCAUUAUUCAGCAUUAGUAACAAGUAUUUUUCUUUCUUUUCUCCUCUUUUUUUUUUUCCUCUUGCUUUUUGUGUUUUCACAACAUGCCUGAGAUAAUGAAUUGCAUUUUACAUAUGACCAAGCUUUUGCACCAUGAAGAUAUUUUACCAGAUAUUUAUUAUGAAUUGAUAUCAGUGACUAUGAAUGUCCUGAGUAGUUUUUGACAGCGCAUGUACCUGUGAACAUUUUGUACAAAAGCAUUAUGAUUAUGGCAGAAAAGCUUAACAUUCAAUGGAAGAAUCCUUCAGCAAUCAUCCUGCAAAUAAAUUGUAGGUGUUUGUGUAAGACCUAAAGACGAAACUCAAAAACGUUACAUCAUUCACAUUGAUGAAUAGGUAAUUCCGAUUAAGGUUUUUGGGGCAUGUACAUUGCUACUUUUUAAGCAUAAACAGAAUAAAGACCUGAAUUAAUUGAGGUAAAUUGACAGGUUGCUGGAUUUAACUGGUAAUACAUGUGACUGUUUGUCAACGAUUACGCUGUCUUCACUGCUCUGGGUUUACUCUCUAUGUUGUAGUCUUCGGUGUUGUGCUUUUCACUUAUAUUCAGGACAGAUUUUUUUUUUGCACUAGGACAUUUUCCAAAUUGAGUUGGGGUGUAGCCAAGACAAAUUUACUGAGAAAUAUUCAGGAUGUAUUGUAACUAGCCCUGUAGCAUAAUGAUGGCCAGGAUGUAUUUAAUACAGCUAGAAAUGUAGAAUUUUGAUGUACAUGCACCCAUCUUGAAUUUCACCGUAAGCUGAUGAAAUCAACAUUUGCAGAGACCAUUAAAGCAUGCUUAAAUCCAGACUAUAAAGAUAGAAAUGACAUGGUGAUCCAACUUUAGCAGAAUGGACAGUGUAACCUCUUCCACCAGUAUGUAUAUCUUUUCCAACCUUUCCCCAACUCCUUUAAACUGUCUUUGUGCCAAUAAUAUAUACAUCAUGUAGCUCAGAGUUAUGUUAUUGCAAAUGCUGCGCAUCAGGCAUAUUAUGAUGAGUGGAAGUUUUAAUUAUUAAAUAAAAUUUAUAGUUUGUAAUCUUGCAAAUAUUUAUCUAGUCUUUGAAAAGUACAUAUAGCUGUUUUCUAUGAAAUAUAUCCUAGAAUGAUACAUAUAUAUAGAGAGAGAGGGCGAGAUGUUUUGAAGAGAAGGUAUGCAGCCCGUAUGGGACUUAUUACUGUCCUUUUGCUACCAAAGGUGGCUAAGAGGUUUACAUUUAUACACUUUAUAUGUCAGACAGUCACGAAUCAGUUUGCCGGCAUUUGUUUUUCAACUUAGUUCAUCGUAUAAAACUUGGUACAUGUCUUCACCAUGGCAAGUUACAGAUCAGGUUCGAGUUAAGGACUUUUUUGUCCUCUUUUGACAAAAGUAUGGCCGUUUUGGUGUUAUCUUUGGACUUGGACAGUUUUCUGGACACUGUUGAAAAGUUUCACUUGUUGGAUUGAAAUUAGUACAUAGCUUCGCCCUAAUAAGGUACAGAUCAAGUUUUGGGUCUUUUCACUCAUUUUUAACAAAAUGAUUGCAGUGUUUAUAUUUUGUACUUUUACAGUUUUCCGGAUGUUUUGCCAACAGGCUGUUUGAUUUUUUUUAAUUGAAACAUAGUACAUGUAUAUGUCUUUACCGAGACAUGUCACAGACCGAGUUCAUAUUUUGGGCCGUUUUGUCAGUUUUCAACUAAAUUAUGGCUUUUUCUUCUGUUACAGACGGCUACCUAUAGAUAUAUGUUGUUCUGGUGGCGGACGUGUGUGACAUUCAUUAUCUGAAAUCAUCUGAUCGACAACAUUUAAUGUUCAUCCAAUGUUUAUAUGGUCAUAGUGACUGAAUAUAUGGCAUUGAAUAGUGAUUAGAUAGAUGACUGAAGUCCCAAGUUGUAUAAUAGAAAUGUGAUAUGUAACAAUCUAUUCAUGAAAUAGUUUGUUUUGUCUCCGAAAGGUAUUUUGAAUGAAUAAUAAAAA